AUGGAAGGAAACCCUUCCUCUAGUGUCAAUAGAGUCACCCGUAGUAAGACUGGUACGGGCAAACAGCAAGCAUCUUUUAACAAAGGGACUAGACAUGACCCACUCAAAAAAGACAGGCCUUUAAAGUCUGGCUCGACCUUAGAAAACAUCAAAGCAAAAGUAAAUACAGAUAAACAACAACAAAAAGACCAAACUCGUGAAAUGGAAGUUGAAACAGUUUUAAUAGAAUCCGAAGACAACAACAUGUUUGAAGAACAACAACAAUUUUUGCAAGUAAAAUAUGAUAAAGGAAAAAGAAAAUUGAGUCAAGUGGAGAAUGAAAGUAAUGACGGAGUUUAUAAUAAUGAGAAUGAAGAAAAUACUGAAGAUAAAUAUGAUGAAGACGAUAUUCAAUCUAUUUAUUCAGAUAAUAGCAACAUGUCAAACCAUCCAGAAUGGAGAAGGAAUCUUGGACUUAAAAGAUACAAAGCAAGAGCCUUAGUUCAAAACUUCUUGGGGAAAAGUAUUGGGAAAAAAUUGGAUUGGAUUACUCAAGAAUUAAAAGAUAAAAUCGAAUACACCUUUAUUAAAGUAGAAUAUAGAAAGAAAACCAAAGGUAGUUACAUCGCAAUUUAUUUUAACAAAAAGGAAGAACUAAAAAAAGCCCUAGACCUCGAAUUUGUCAAUGAGAACAAAGAAAAAUUCAAAUUGGAAGAAAAGUCACUCAAUACGCGUACAACAGAUGCAAACAAUAAACAAACACGCGCUGUAAUCUGGGAUUUACCUGUUAGUAUGAAAAAGAAUGAACUUAAAACAGAAUUAGAACACAGAUAUGGAAAAGUGGAAUCGAUCAGCACUGUACUUGGUGAAAUGUGGCAAAAAGCAUAUGUUACAUUUGCAGAUCCAGAAGAUACUAGAAACUUUACCAAAUCUUGGUCACAAACAAUUGGAGAAGAUAUUGUUAGAGUAACACCACCUGGUGUAACAGUAUCUCAACUGAAAGAAAGAGGUGAAUACGCUGUUAGAGCUUUGGGUAUCCCUCCUGGAAUGACCCCAUCAGAAAUAUACAAUGAAUUUAAAAAAAUAGGUGCAAUGACUUGCUAUGUCCCUAGAAACGCAUUCUAUGCAAGGAAAAGAAUGGCUAUUUUAUCCUUCGAGUCAGCUGAAAUUAGAAACAACGCAAUUGGUCAUAAAUGGCUCACAGAAGAUUUUACAAUUGAAUUAAUGGAUAUAACAACAAAAGCCUGUCAUAGAUGUUAUGAUAUUACACAUCUAGCAAAAGACUGUCCAAUAAAUCAAAAAGCUACUGAAAGAACUAUCGCUUUACAACAACGAAUGGAUAAAUUCGGAAAAGUAUGGAAAAGACAUAAUCCAUCUGCAUAUAAUAGAAUCCAAAAAAGACUUGACCCAUCAUACGCUGGG